UAAAAGUAGGAAGUGUUAUUUACUGCAAGUCUGAGCCAUUUAAACCAUCAGUGUUCUUAUCAUGGUCACUGCUCUGUCACUACUCCCCCCCCCCCUCGUACACUGUCACUGUGAUACAUUGUAACCCCCGGCUGUGUAUACCGUCACACAUUGUAACUCUCUGCUGGGUGCACUGUCACACUGUAACCCCCACCCCCUGUACACUGUCACUGUGAUACAUUGUAACCCCCGGCUGUGUAUACUUUCACACAUUGUAACCCCCUGCUGUGUGCACUGUGUCACACUGUAACUCCCUGCUGUGUAUACUGUCACUGUGACACAUUGUAACCCCCUCUGUGUAUACUGUCACUGUGACACAUUGUAACAGCUCCCCCUUCCCCCCUCUGUGUGCACAGUCACUGUCACACAUUGUAACCCCCCUGCUGUGUGCACUGUGUCACACUGUAACCCCCUGCUGUGUAUAUUGUCACUGUGACACAUUGUAACCCCCUCUGUGUGCACUGUCACUGUGACACAUUGUAACCCCCCUGCUGUGUGCACUGUGUCACACUGUAAACCCCUGCUGUGUAUAUUGUCACUGUGACACAUUGUAACUCUCUGCUGGGUGCACAUUAACCCCCACUACUGUGUGCACUGUCACUGUGUCACACUGUAACGCCCUGCUGGGUGCACUGUAACCCCACUACGGUGUGCACUGUCACUGUGUGACCCCCUGCUGUGUCAGCCUGUAGCUUUGCACUGUGUAGCAGUCUGCCAGCAUUUUCACCCCACUCUCCUCACUCUCAGCUUGCAUCAUACAAUGGGUAGGAAGGUGACACUGGCCACCUGUUCCUUAAACCAGUGGGCUCUGGACUUCGAAGGGAAUUUAAGCAGGAUAUUGCAAAGUAUAAAGGUCGCUAAGGAGAAGGGAGCUCGGUACCGUCUUGGUCCAGAGUUGGAAAUUUGCGGGUAUGGCUGUGCGGAUCAUUUCUACGAGUCCGAUACCAUAUUACAUUCUUUCCAAGCAUUGGCAGAGCUCCUGAAGUCACCUGAGACCUCUGACAUUAUCUGUGAUGUUGGCAUGCCCGUGCUGCACAAAAAUGUCCGUUACAACUGCCGUGUUUUAUUCCUCAACAAGAAAAUCCUUCUGAUCCGACCCAAAACAGCAAUGGCCAACGGCGGGAAUUACAGGGAGCUGCGUUGGUUCACGCCGUGGAGUAAACCAAGAGAAGUUGAAGAACAUUUCCUUCCAAGAACCAUUCAAAAAAUCACCGGUCAGGAAACUGUUCCUUUCGGGGAUGCUGUUUUAGCAACAAAAGACACGUGCAUAGGAUCAGAGAUCUGUGAAGAAUUGUGGUUACCAAACAGUCCUCACAUUGAGAUGGGUUUGGAUGGUGUUGAGAUUUUCACCAAUUCUUCGGGAAGUCACCAUGAGCUGAGAAAAGCCCAUAUAAGGGUGGACCUUGUCAGGUCAGCAACAGCAAAGAAUGGUGGCAUUUACCUGCUUUCCAAUCUGAAAGGUUGUGACAGUGACAGACUGUACUUUGAUGGCUGUGCCAUGAUAUCAUUGAAUGGUGACCUUGUAGCCCAAGGAGCCCAAUUCUCGCUAAGUGAUGUGGAAGUUCUCAUUGCGACUCUAGAUUUGGAAGACGUGAGAGGUUACAGAGCUCACAUCUCAUCUCGUUGCAUAACAGCAAGCCGAGUGACUUCUUUUCAUAGGGUGCGUGUGGACUUUUCCCUUUCCUCUUUUGAUGACAUUUACACUCUCACCUCUAACCCCAUCCAAUGGAAGUAUCACAGCCCAGAGGAAGAAAUAAGUCUUGGACCAGCUUGCUGGCUUUGGGAUUAUCUACGACGUAGUAAGCAGUCUGGUUUCCUUCUUCCUCUCAGUGGUGGGAUUGAUAGUUCAGCAGUAGCCUGCAUUGUGUACUCUAUGUGUUGCCUCGUUUGUGAAGCCAUAGACCUUGGAAAUUGUGAAGUACUGCAUGAUGCACGUCAGAUUGUAAAUGAUGAAACCUACACACCAAAGAGUCCCCAGGAAUUCUGUAAAAGCAUUUUGACAACCUGUUACAUGUCUACGGAAAAUUCUUCAAAAGAAACGAAUGACAGAGCCAAACUCCUGGCAGAGCAAAUCGGCAGUUAUCAUUUAACGCCUAACGUAGACACAGCUGUUAAAGCCAUUGUUGGUAUAUUCAGUGCGGUGACUGGAAAAAUCCCGCAGUUCCGUGCCCAUGGUGGAAGCGGCCGUGAAAACUUGGCUCUUCAGAAUGUGCAGGCACGCAUUCGAAUGGUAACCGCAUACCUGUUUGCUCAAUUAAGCCUAUGGGCCCGUGGUUUGCCAGGGGGGCUUUUGGUCCUUGGAUCGGCUAAUGUGGAUGAAAGCCUUCGAGGUUACAUGACAAAGUAUGACUGCUCCAGUGCUGACCUUAACCCUAUCGGUGGAAUCAGUAAGACUGACCUAAGAUCCUUUAUUCAAUAUUCAGUGGAGAAAUUUCAACUACCAGCACUUACAAGUAUAAUGACCGCUCCACCAACAGCAGAACUUGAACCACUCACUGACGGGAGAGUGUCUCAGAAUGAUGAGGAUGAUAUGGGAAUGACUUAUGCUGAUUUGUCAGUUUACGGAAAACUGAGAAAAGUUGUGAAAACGGGACCAUACAGCAUGUUCUGCAAAUUGUUAAUGGCAUGGAGGACCCUUUCACCCCGACAGGUUGCGGAGAAAGUAAAAUUAUUUUUUAGGAUGUACUCCAUCAAUCGGCACAAAAUGACCACACUGACCCCAUCUUACCAUGCUGAGAGUUACAGUCCAGAUGAUAACCGGUUUGACCUACGACCCUUCCUGUACAACACAGCAUGGCCCUGGCAGUUCCGCUGCAUUGAUGAACAGGUGUCUAGUCUGGAAGAAAACCGAAAAGAGGAUGGAUGCGAAGAAGUGGAUUGAGCAUUCGUAUUGCGAUCUGAAAUUAGUCAUUAUUUUUCUCCUGUCGAGGUUGAGAGGUCACAUUAAAUUCCAAGUUCUCUUUUAUAUUGGAAAA